UAUGACGCUAAGGCAUACGCAUGCAAAAUUAACUAAAAAAUCUGGCAUGCUAACAUUAGCAUGUUAACAGUUAGCAUAUGUCACUUACCAAGUUAUGUGACUCAGUGGUGUACGGCUGCAAAAUUGACAAAAAAAAAAGUUAGCAUUCUAACAGUUAGCAUAUGUCACAUACCAAGUUAUGUGACUCAGAGGUGUACGGCGGCAAAAUUGACACAAAAAAAGUUAGCAUGUUAACAGUUAGCAUAUGUCACAUACCAAGUUAUGUGACUCUGUGGUGUACAGCUGCAAAAUUGACAAAAAAAAGUUAGCAUGCUAACAGUUAGCAUAUGUCACAUACCAAGUUAUGUGACUCUGUGGUGUACGGCUGCAAAAUUGACAAAAAAAAAGUUAGCAUGCUAACAGUUAGCUAAUGUCACAUACCAAGUUAUGUGACUCAGAGGUGUACGGCUGCAAAAUUGACCAAAAAAGAAGUUAGCAUGCUAACAGUUAGCAUAUGUCACAUACCAAGUUAUGUGACUGUGGUGUAUGACUGCAAAAUUGACAAAAAAAAAAGUUAGCAUAUGUCACAUACCAAGUUAUGUGACUCAGAGGUGUACGGCUGCAAAAUUGACCAAAAAAAAGUUAGCAUGCUAACAGUUAGCGAGUGACAAGUGCUAAGUUAUAUGACUGAGAUGUACGGCGGCAAAAUUGGUACAAAAAUUAGCAUGCUAACAGUUAGCAUAUGUCAUGUACAAAGUUAUGUGCCUCUGAGGUGUUUGGCAGCAACAUUUGCAAAAAAAAAAAAAAAAAGAAAUUAGCAUUCUAAAGUUAGCAUGCUAACGUUAGCAUGCUUUACAGCAUUCACACAAUUAUUGUGCUGGCUCUCAUCAGAUGGUGUACCUUAUGAAGUGGCCAUUGUUGGGGUUGAUUAAAAACGUAAAUAAAUACAUCAAGAAAAUAAAUGUGGAAUAUUAAAAGAUGACAAAUGGUCUUUUUUGUAUUUUUUUGUAUCUAAGUUUGUGUUGUGGUUGCAGUGCUGCUCCACUGGAGGGCGCCCGAGUAUCACGUGUGUCGAUCGUCCAGGAAAAAGAAUUCACCUGUCCGCACACGUCACUUUUCUUCUCGUCACGUGCAGACCAGCCCCCCUUUUCCCGCCAUCAGACCCUUUGUGGAACUUGGUGAGCCCCCCCCACCCCGCCAAAACACCGCAUCUUGGCGGGAGAGAUGAGCGGCGGGGGCUACCGAGUCACGACGAGGGCGGGGCGGGGGGUGGGCUGAUGCGCCCCAGUGACCUGGCGUCGGUCCACGGAGGAGAACCGGACACCCACCACAGGUGAAGGAAGUGACGUCACCUCCUUGGCAAAUUGCUGCCUCGGCGCGAGAAAGGUCCGCGGCGGCGCGGGAAAAAUCUUGCUCGUGCUGCGGACGGAAGCAGGAAGCUUGUAAAGGAGGACGUCGAGGAGGAGAUGUUCCACAACAGAAGAAGAAGCCCAGAAGAACCUCCAGGUUUUCAGGUGUAGUGAUCCAGUAUUUGGACUCUGGGUGCCUCCAUGGUCCCGCCUGUCUCCACCUCGCCGCCCUGCCCGUGUGUUGACGCCCUGCAAGAUGGCGCCAGCUCGGAAGCCGCUGAGCGCCACGUGUCGCCACUUCCUGUCUCUGCUGAUACUGAACGGCUGCUGGCCGCCAGGCUCCGCCUCCCAGAAGAGCGCCGCCAGCGCCGACCCCCAGCAGCCCUCGGCGGAGUACGCCCACUCCAUCCGACUGGACGGCGACCUCAUCCUAGGGGGGCUGUUCCCCGUGCACGCCCGCGGCGAGCGAGGUCUGCCUUGCGGCGAGCUGAAGAAGGAGAAGGGGAUCCAUCGGCUGGAAGCCAUGUUGUUCGCCAUCGACCUCAUCAACAAGGACCCCGAGCUGCUGCCCAACGUGACGCUGGGGGCGCGCAUCCUGGACACGUGCUCGCGCGACACCUACGCCCUGGAGCAGUCGCUCACCUUCGUGCAGGCGCUCAUCGAGAGGGACGCCUCCGACGUGCGCUGCGCUAACGGCGAGCCGCCCGUCCUCGCCAAGCUGGACAAGGUGGUGGGCGUCAUCGGGGCGUCGGCCAGCUCCGUCUCCGUCAUGGUGGCCAACAUCCUGCGCCUCUUCAAGAUCCCUCAGGUCAGCUACGCGUCGACGGCGGCGGAGCUGAGCGACAACACCCGCUACGACUUCUUCUCCCGCGUGGUUCCUCCAGACUCCUACCAGGCCCAGAGCAUGCUGGACGUGGUGCUGGCCAUGGGCUGGAACUACGUGUCCACGCUGGCCUCAGAGGGCAACUACGGCGAGAGCGGCGUGGACGCCUUCGUGCAGAUCUCCCGCGAGUCAGGAGGCGUGUGCAUCGCUCAGUCCCUGAAGAUCCCCCGCGAGCCCAAAGCCGGCGAGUUCGACAAGAUGGUCCUGCGUCUGCUGGAGACGCCCAACGCUCGCGCCGUCAUCACCUUCGCCAACGAGGACGACAUUCGGCGCAUCCUGGAGGCGGUGAAGCGCAACAAGCUGACAGGUCACUUCCUGUGGGUGGGCUCUGACAGCUGGGGCUCCAAGAUCUCACCUGUGUUGCAGCAGGAGCGUGCGGCUGAAGGUGCCAUCACCAUCCUGCCAAAGAGGGCAUCAGUGGACGCCUUUGAUCGCUACUUCAAGAGUCGCUCGCUGGCCAACAACCGCAGGAACGUUUGGUUCGCUGAGUUCUGGGAGGAGAACUUCGCCUGCAAGUUGGGGACACACGGCAAGAAGAGCGGCGGCGUGAAGAAGUGCACAGGUCUGGAGAAGGUGGGCCGUGAGUCGUCGUACGAGCAGGAAGGCAAGGUGCAGUUCGUGAUGGACGCCGUCUUCGCCAUGGCACACGCCCUGCAUGACGUGCAGCGUCAGCUGUGUGCGGGUCACAUGGGCGUCUGCGACCGCAUGACCAACAUGGAUGGCAAGGAGCUGCUGGCCGCCAUACGACACGUCAACUUCAACGGAAGUGCGGGCACCACGGUUACCUUCAACGAGAACGGCGACGCCCCCGGCCGAUACGACAUCUUCCAGUACCAGAUCAACAAUCUGUCCAUUGCCGAGUACAAGCUCAUCGGUCACUGGACCAAUCAGCUGUAUCUCAACAUGGAGGCGCUGCAGUGGCACGAGGGCGCCGCCGCCCCGCCGGCCUCGGUGUGCAGCCUGCCGUGCCGGGCGGGCGAGAGGAAGAAGGUGGUGAAGGGCGUGGCGUGCUGCUGGCACUGCGAGCGCUGCGAGGGCUACCACUUCCUGUCGGGCGAGUUCGCCUGCCAGCUGUGUCCGUACGAGAUGAGACCGGACGAGAACCGCACGGGCUGCCAGCCCAUCCCCAUCAUCAAGCUGGAGUGGCACUCGCCAUGGGCGCUGAUUCCGGUCUUCAUCUCGGUCCUGGGCAUCCUGGCCACCGCCUUCGUGGUGGCCACCUUCCUGCGCCACAACGACACGCCCAUCGUGCGGGCGUCGGGCCGUGAAAUGAGCUACGUGCUGCUGACGGGCAUCUUCCUGUGUUACGUCAUCACCUUCCCCAUGAUCGCCGCGCCCGACGUGGCGGUCUGCUCCUUCCGCCGCGUCUUCCUGGGCUUGGGCAUGUGCUUCAGCUACGCGGCGCUGCUCACCAAGACCAACCGCAUCCACCGCAUCUUCCAGCAGGGCAAGACGGCGGUGACGGCGCCGCGCUUCAUCUCGCCCGCCUCGCAGCUGGCCAUCACCUUCUCGCUCAUCUCCGUGCAGCUGCUGGGCGUGGCGGCGUGGUUCGCCGCCGACCCGCCGCACACCUUCGUGGACUACGGCGAGCAGCGCGGCCAAGACCCCCGGAGGGCUCGCGGCGUCCUCAAGUGCGACAUUUCCGACCUGUCGCUCAUCUGCUCGCUGGGCUACAGCAUCCUGCUGAUGGUCACGUGCACCGUGUACGCCAUCAAGACGCGCGCCGUGCCCGAGACCUUCAACGAGGCCAAACCCAUCGGCUUCACCAUGUACACCACCUGCAUCAUCUGGCUCGCCUUCAUCCCCAUCUUCUUCGGGACCUCGCAGUCGGCCGAGCGGACGUACAUCCAGACGGCCACGCUGACGGUGUCUCUCAGCCUCAGCGCCUCCGUGUCACUGGGGAUGCUCUACGUGCCCAAGGUCUACGUCAUCAUCCGCCACCCGGAGCAGAACGUUCCCAAACGCAAGCACAGCUUCAAGGCCGUGGUCACGGCCGCCGCCUUGAGCAGCAAGCUGUCGCAGCUGGCGGCCCAGCGGCCCAACGGCGAGGCCCGGACCGAGCUGUGCCAGGGCGUGGAGGCUGCCGCUGUUCCCACCAAAACCACCUACGUCAGCUACGCCAACCACGCCAUCUGAACAGGACCCCGCGGACCGUCUCCAGAGUGAUCCGGGGGGGAAGUGAACUCCGGGUUUUAGUGUUUACACGAAAGGAGCCCAAAAAAAAGCGGACGGUGACGAGCAGAAAGUCCGAGAAGAAAGAGAAGAAAAACGUGUUUUUGUUGUCGUUUUUGAAAAUCGUGCUGUCGGGUACUUGGCCCACUUUUAUCCGUCUGUCGACCCGCUCAGAGGCGAGUCUGUCGUUGUUUUUUGGACUUCUGGUGGUGAACAUGUGACUGAAGUGAAGCAUGCUGGGAUUUGUGUGUUGUUUUGUAUUUUUACAAAAAGGUCUAUUUCUAAUAAAGCAAAGGUUGAAAACA